UUCGACCCUCUCGCUAUAGCGGCAUUCCAAACCAUUUUCGUUUUCCUCUCCUUUCAAAAACUAAAAUACAAACCAGUCAUGGCGCUCUUCUUUCUCCCUAAAUCUUUUUCUAUAAAACUCAUUUCGCUCUUUCCUACCCUCAUCCCCAAUCUGCCUUCUCCCCCUCGUGUUCAUCCCUCUCCUCUCCAUUCACCCCGAGACCUACCCGUAGAGGCUCAAGGAGAUGGAGACUCGCGCCGCGAAGAGAAGAGCAGAGGCCGCCAGCUUAGCCCAGAACAGAUCACCUAAAAGGAAGCGUGUGGUCUUGGGGGAACUUCCCAAUUUAUCCAACCUUUUUGAUCCCGUCAAUUCGAAUCCGGGGUUGGAGCCGCAGAAACGGAAAUAUCGAAGGAUUACGAGGGUCAAGAAAGCCGCGACGACCAAGAGCAGCGUCUCUCUGGGGAAUCCCAAGUCGGAUGACCCGAGGGCGGUCCAGACUCAUGCAAAAUCAGGCACCGACGCGAAUUUGGAUGAUUUGCAAGAUAGCGAGCCUUAUGUUUCGGAUAUUUAUCAGUAUCUACGCAAAAUGGAGAAUGAGCCAAAGAGAAGGCCGAUGUCUGAUUACCUCGAGAAAGUUCAGAAAGAUGUUACCGCCAACAUGAGGGGGAUACUGGUUGAUUGGUUAGUUGAAGUUGCAGAGGAGUACAAGCUUCUCUCUGAUACUCUUUACCUAUCUGUUUCCUACAUUGAUCGUUUCCUCUCUGCCAACGAAGUUCCUAGGCAGAGGCUUCAGUUGCUGGGCGUUUCAUCUAUGUUCAUUGCAUCGAAGUAUGAAGAAAUUAGCCCUCCGCAUGUGGAAGAGUUUUGCUACAUCACCGACAAUACAUACAGGAAGGCAGAGGUUGUAGAAAUGGAGGCUGCUAUACUCAAAUCCCUAAAUUUUGAAAUGGGAAGUCCCACUGUAAAGACGUUUCUAAGGAGGUUUACUGGCAUUACUUCUGAAAAUCAGAAAACUCCAAAUCUGCUGUUUGAGUUUCUUUGCUGCUAUCUUGCCGAGCUAAGUUUGUUGGACUAUAAUUGUAUUAAAUUUUUGCCUUCUCUGGUGGCUGCCUCGGUCACAUUUCUUGCCAAAUUUAUUAUCCGGCCAAAGGUGCAUCCCUGGAAUUCAGCCCUGCAAGAAUGCUCGGGAUAUAAAUCAGCUGAAUUGAAGGAUUGUGUGAUUAUCUUACACGACUUGUACUUGGCAAGAAGGGGAGGAUCUUUGCAAGCUAUACGGGAGAAAUACAAACAGCACAAGUUCAAAUACGUGGCAAUGCUGCCUUCUUCUCCGGAGAUACCGGUUUCUUAUUUUGAAGCUUAAUGGCACAUGUCAAUCAAGUUGCGAGUUGGCUAACUUAACUGACCUAUAACGCCAUCAAAUAAAUAGAUGUUGAUAUCUUUCCAAGGGAGGAUAUGAAUGGAUCUCUGUUUGUGCAAUGCAGGAGGGGGCUUCAUUGUUAUAUACCUGUACAGUGGUCGAGAAUUGGUCUCCCAUAUAAAGAAUGCUGGUUGCUAUCUGCUUUGAUGACUUUCUAACAUGUAAGAUGGAACGCUGUCAAUCCAAGUGCCGCAAUUUGACGUCCUUCACCUUUGGAGUUUUGAUAUGAACUUUGAUGGAUGGAUUCCCUCGCAUUUAUUUUUAUACUUAAAGAGCCGGGACAGUUUAGACGAUGAAUAGUUUUUAUAAGUAGGGUCUUCAUUGCUACUAUUACUUCCCUUCAUCUUUCAUAUGGUUAUCUCAGAAAUUAAAUUCUUUUGCCUUUUAGACUGGUCA